UGUUUGUUUUACAAUUGUAACAGCGAUGUUGCUGGAACUGACUGCUGAUCCCACCACUGCCAUACUGAAAGAGAAAGUCAAGCUAGCCUGCACUGUGCAUGAUGCGAACGGCUUAUUCGCUGAGGUCAUGUUCGUGAAGGUCAGUGGUCAGACUGACGUCACCGUCGGCAGCGUUAUCCAAUACAUCGACAGUUGCGGCGACGUGCGUGGUACACGUGGCUAUCGGCCAUAUUGUGGGCGCUUCACGACCUCCAAUGUAUCUGAGGUGAAGUUCUACUUGCUCGAGAUAGAGAGCGUCAAGGAUGAUGACUAUACAGACUGGUGGUGUCAAACCAAAGUUGUUGGAGCGGACCACGACAUUUUCACUCUGAAACGAACCGAAAGGACAAGCUUUAGGGCUUCCUCGGGAUCACGUGCUAAUCAACUAGGGAUGCGACUGUUCGGAUUUUUAAUUUUCGGUUCCAUUUUCGGCUUUUGGUCCACGGUUCAAUUUAUUCACGAUACGUUUCACAAGUAAUUAUCGUACAUAGAUUUUAUAAACUAUUUUUAAGAGCAAGACAUUUUAUUUCUAAUGGUCAUUUGUAAAAUAAUUGUAAAUAUACAAUUAUAUCUGGAUUAGAAAACAAACAUUGCAUUUUUACCAUGUCAUGUUAGCGUGUUGGGUCUGGGAUA